AUGCUGAACCUCAGAGCAGCUUUCUCUAAUGGCACUCUGGUCCACCCUCCAGGCUUUUAUGUGGUUGGAUUCACAGCCAUGCCACACGCCAAUCUCUACCUCAUUUUCCUGGGUGUCAUUUAUGCGCUCACUGUUCUGUUCAACUGCUUUAUUCUGUGCAUCAUUUGGCUUGACCAUAAAUUACACACUCCAAAGUUUCUGGCUGUGGCCAACCUUGCGGUGGUAGACAUCCUGUUCAGUUCAUGUCUCAUCCCUAGCAUGCUGAAGACGUUCUUGUUUAAAGACACGUUUGUGCCAUUCAACCUGUGCCUCGUUCAGAUGGGCGUCUACUACUGUUGCAGUUCACUCGAGUCCUUCUCCCUGGCAGUGCUGGCAUACGACAGACUGAUCGCAAUCUGUAUUCCUCUCAGACAACACUCCAUCAACACAAACACCAACAUGCUAUGUAUUCUGGGGACUGUCUGGACCUUCUGUGUGACAGUAAUAAUAUUUUCAACGACGAUAAUGAACAGACUGACGUUCUGUGGCUCUGUACAAGUGAACAGCUACUUCUGUGACUACUCUCCUGUCUACAGACUGUCCUGUAAUGACUACUCUCUACAGUGGGCCACAGCUGUGAGCCUCAGCAUUAUCAUACUGUUUGGACCUCUCACCUUUAUCAUAGUAUCUUAUGCUAGCAUCUUGAUUGCUGUGUUCAGAAUGAAGAAUGUAGGGAGCCGGUAUAAAGCACUGGCUACCUGCACAGAGCAUCUCAUACUUGUGGCCAUUUUCUAUCUUCCGACCUUGACUUUGUAUAUCAUUGGGUUCUUCUUGUACCGGCCGGAUCCAGAUAUCAGGAUGGUGACGUUGUCCAUGUCUGCCUGUAUGCCGCCCUGCCUGAACCCUGUGGUGUAUUCCCUGAAAACAAAAGAGAUCAAAAGUAAAGCACAAACAUUGUUCUGUAAAACUGUAAAAACAGUGAGGCCUGUGAACAAACAGUAG